UUCGUGUACGGAAGACUUUGCCGGGAGACACUGCGAAGAUGGGGUAAGUAUAUUUCAAAACUCCCUCAGCAUCAAAACGACCCCGGACGGUCCAGUGGAAUGGAAUCCUGCACUUGAAGACACGUCCUCCCAGGCCUUCAAAGAUAUGGCAAAUGAUAUAUGCGAAGCAGUGAGCAGGGCGUACCAGAGUGGUGAUCUACGAGAUACCUAUGACAGGUGUGAAGUUGUCAAAUUGUCCAAGGGCAGCAUAAAGGGCGACUAUAAAGUAUACUUCAAAACAAACGCUGGUGCUAUUGUAACGGCAGAUGCAGUGACAACAGCGUUCAACCAAACAAUUGCGAAAGAGUCUCUAAGUCAAAUACUGAAAGUCAGUGAAGAUGCCUUAGUUAUUUCUGAGAAACGUUUUGAAGCGUUCGACGUCUGUGCUAAUGGUAAUCACAGUUGCUCUCCUUACGCUGACUGCAAGCAUCAAGCGGCUUACGGAACGUACACCUGUGACUGCAGAGAGGGGUUUGAAGAUGACAGUGUUGAAAACAAGGGGCGUAUCUGCACAGAAAUAUGCCCAGACUGUAUGAACGGAGGAGUAUGUCAGAGAGUCAUAGGAAACCUAUCGUCGUGCAGGUGUAUAGAUGAUUUCACAGGCCCAUACUGCAAUGGGCCCCAAGCUCUGAAAGGAUGGCGUCUCGCUUCGGUUUCGGUCGGCGGUUCGGUAGGGGCUGUUCUUGUUCUAGUCGUUGCGGUGUUCGCCGGUCUCACUCACAAAACUAGACGCAGUCUUCACAAGUAUAAGGAGACCUUGCUUCACUCUAAAUCGGAGACAAACCUAGAGACCCCCGACGAGUCCCCGUCAAGCAGCCAGGAAAUGGAGAGAAAAACGUAUCCUAGCAACCACGGAGAACAGACCUAUCAGGAUAUAGCAGACGCACGUGAAGAUCCGGAAGCACGGCUGGCUGUAAUCCAGAGAGCGGUGGAUGCGGCACCAGAUAUAGACUGGGCCUUUGCCAAAAAGAUCAAGCCAAUAUCGAAGUAUGACGCUGUAGAGGAAAAGGAUGAAAGACCAACAUCCCAGCGCAGGAGUAAUUAUUACGAGAUGGAUGAACCACAUCAGGAGACAAGAUAUCGUGACAGUGGCAGGGAUCCCCAACAGAUGUUUUUCCACUCAGCGACCCAGUUCUGAACCCUGCAUGUACGAGUUAUAGACGAGAUGCGCAACGAUAGGGAUAGAAAAAGUGGUAUAUUUGCUUCUGAACUAUUAACGAGCACCUCAGCCAAAUUUAAACUGUUUUUAAAUUCUAAAUGCCUGCUAAUUUAUCACUGGGUCAAUGUACCAUGUACCUCAGAUGGACUAUUUAUAAAUGCGAACAUCCUGUAAUUUAACAUACGAAAAAUUCAAUUAAUCUUCACAGCUGGACUGAGAUUUUGAUAUAUAUCUCUAUUUUUGUAAUUUGUUUUUCAUUGUGUGAUAAGGAGUUAAAUUGACAUUUCCCAUGUAUUAAUAAAGUGUCAAUGCAUACAGUGUUGUUUUAGCAAUUAAUUCAUUUUAUGAUUUGUAUAAAAUUUGUAGUUUUAAAUAAAA